AUGGGGUUUCUUGAGAGUAGUUGCAAAGCUCUCAAGUUUGCCCCAAAUAAGGUGGCGGGGUGCCGUGAAACCCUUUGGAAUUCUUUACCAGCUUGUUUAAUUAAGGAAUUUAUAAGCGGAAAAAUAAUGAGUGGAAGAGCAAGCAGUCCAGAGCUGGAAUUGACGCUGAACUUAUCACCGCCAAGGGCGCCUACCCUACAAGUCGGGUCCCCGAACACGUCGGUUUCCUCCUGGGAAACGUCGUCGGAGAGCUCGUGCGUGUCGUCGGAGCCCGACAACCAGACGACGAUGGUGCAAUAUCCGAGUAGCCCCGAAGAGACGUCGAUGAUGCUGUUGGGAUGCCGUCGAUGCUUCAUGUAUGUUAUGUUGUCGGAAGUGGAUCCCAAGUGCCCUCGAUGCAAGAGCACCGUGUUGCUUGAUUUCCUUAACGAAGAGAAUAACAAAAAGACAAGGAACUAGAUGAACAA